CAGCGUCAGCUCACACGCGCUGUUGUUGUGAUUGACAGAAGGGAGUCAUGUUAACUUUCAGUUUGCUUUUCGGCCGUCACAAAUAUGUUUUUAAGUAAGUAAACAACUAUGUCCGACAUACUGAUGAAGGAAAUGGAGAGCAUCUCGAUCAGUCCGACGAAGCCUGAAGAGUGUCCAGACGGUGCUCGGAGCUUCCUGCUGGUGGAUGAACAGGAAAACCUGCAGGUCCGUGAUGAGACUGAGUUUGUGGACAGGCUGGGCUGUGGGGACGUGGCAGGAGUCAAGGUCCUCUCCAUCUUUGGAAACACCGGCGAUGGCAAGUCCCACACCCUCAACCACAUCCUCUUCAGCGGGGAGAGUGUGUUCUACACCUCCAAGUCCCCCAGCUCCUGUACGGUGGGAGUGUGGGCUGCGUAUGACCCCACCCUCGGCCUGGUCGCCCUGGAUACUGAAGGCCUGUUGGGGGCCGCGGCCAAUCAGAACCAGAGAAUGCGGCUGCUGCUAAAGGUGCUGGCAGUGUCUGAUAUAGUGGUCUAUCGUACACGGGCAGAGCGCCUCCACAACGACAUGUUCCAGUUCCUGAGCAACGCGUCGGGGGCCUACCUGAAGCACUUCACCCCGGAGCUCCGGGCCCUCUCCAGCCGCUGCGGUCUAGAUGUGCCUCUGUCGUCUCUUGGGCCUGCUGUGAUCAUCUUCCAGGAGACUACGCACACCCAGCUGCUCGCUCAUGAUGCUAAGUUGUCCGGUCAUGCCGACACGCUGCUCCAGAAGCGUUUUCACGAACUGGGCCUGGGUACGGAGGCCUUCAGCUCCGUGCAGUAUGUUGGCACCCAGACCAUCACACCCCCCACUGACUACAGCCGGCUGCUGGAGGCCGUCAAGCAGCAAGUGAAGAACACUCACACACGCUCCCCCCGCCAGCCCGGGAUAAUGUUUCACGCUCUGGAGGCCCUGAGUGAGCGUUUCUGUGGAGAACUGUCAGACGACAAGAUGAUCCCGUACUCCUUCUUCCCAGACGAGUACUUCACCUGCUCUGCUGUCUGCCUCAGCUGCAACAUUCGCUGUAGAAAUGGAAUGAACCAUCUGAGAGACAGGGUCCCCCACUUGGCAGAUGGACUGUGCCAGUAUGUUCACCAGUACAACAACAAAGUCCUUAUCUGCAAGAGGUGUUAUGAGGGAGGCAGAGAGGUGAUCGUUUUGCCCAAGACGUCGGCUUCCUCUGAUAACCCAUGGUUUGGAUUGGCCAAGUAUGCGUGGUCAGGCUAUGUGUUGGAGUGUGCUAGCUGUGGUGUAAUCUACCGCAGCAGACAGUACUGGGUGGGGAACCAGGACCCUGAGAGCGGCGUGGUGCGGUCCGAGGUCAAGCACGUCUGGGAGGGGUCGGACACUUUUCUGACGACCCACCAGAACGCUGCCCAGAGGGUCCUGGACGGGAUGAACUACGUGAUCCAGUCAGUGUCGGAGUACAGCACCGGGCCCACCAAAGCUGUGGCAGCCUGGGUCACUGACCAGGUGGCCCCCCCGUACUGGAGACCCAACACAGAGAUCACUGCGUGUCAUGGCUGCAGGAAGGUGUUUGAGGAGGCGGAGAGGAAGCACCACUGCCGAUCGUGUGGCGAGGGUUUCUGCCAUCCCUGCUCCAGCCAGAGGAUGCCGGUGCCGGAGAGGGGCUGGGGCAGUGGGCCGGUCCGGGUCUGUAAGAAGUGCUACCAGCAGGGAGGGCCGGCUGACACCAACAGCCAGGUGUGUAAGGUGGAGCCUCGUGGUCUGAUCGCUCGCAGGGUGACGGAGGUGGCGCAGUCUACACUGGACAUGGUCACCACAGCUGUGGACUACCCUAUCUGUUUUAUGAAAGAUGUGGCUCGGCCGGAUUACUGGGUGCCAGAUGCGGACAUCACCCAGUGCCACCAGUGCUCCAAACCCUUUACUCCGGCCAUAUCCAAGCACCACUGCAGGGCCUGUGGGCAGGGUGUGUGCGGCCCCUGCUCCACACACAUCAAGCCUGUGCCCUCCCGAGGCUGGGACCACCCGGUCAGAGUGUGUGAAGGCUGCCACGCCCGCAAGGACAGUCUGUGAGCUUUUUUAACCUGGAGAGCUUCCUCAGAUGAUCCACGAAGAACACUGUGAAUCGUGGCACUGCUGCUCCCAGAGAACAAGGAGGAUUGAGUAUGAAGCACUAAACGGCAGAACUGCAAUAAGCCUUGUUUUAAUGCGUGAAGAGAGACAAAGCUUAAAAUGGUCCCCUUGUGUUUUAUCAGUGCUGGCCCGGGAUCAGCUUCCCAUCUAAUAUGCCUUCCUCUAUCUACUGAUUCUGCAGCAGUCCAGAGGCACAACAUCGAUCAACUUCUCUAUAGCCCUACUGCAGCAGUCUAGCUAUCAUUAAACCAAAUGGAAAGCUGGACGUGUGAUUCUUGGAAAUGUAGGAUAUAAGGACAUACAACUCUUCUCCAUUCUGCAGAGCUAGAACUCUUUGCUGUUAUCAUGUGUAGUCUUCCUUCAUUUAUUUGUUUUUUGCACAGCCCUACAGCACACAACCCAUUCUCAAUUUGACCAAUUUGUAAACAAGUAAAUAAGAUGCACUGGGAUUUUAAGAGAGACAUUUUUUUUUAUUUAGAGGGGUUCUUAACCUGUCUACAGCCUCAUCUCAAUAUAUUGUAUCAUCCCUGCAAAGCCCUCAGAAAGGUAGAGAAAGUGUGGGGGGGUUUUAUCCUCCUGCUGAUCCUUCUCUUCUCAUGUCUUUCUCUCUUUGGGGUAUAAAAGAGAACAAGACUGUUGGAAAAAGAGAGCUCUGUGUAUGCCUGUAACACUCUGGACAGAAAGAGAGAAAACAUACUGUAGAGAGAACACGAGCUACAGCAGUGUGUGCCUUCAUGGGAAGCUUGAUUCCCAUUUCUAUAGCCCCUGAUGUCUGUUUUAGGGGUUUCCUUCAUAUGUGCAAGGUGUAAUGAGAUUAUUUGUGCCUAAUUGCAGGGCAAUGUAAUCCAGAGCCUCGCUCAUCUGACUUAAUUGUAUUUACAAUAUGGUGAAAUUGAUAGGAAAAUAAACUUUGUAGCACAUUAAAGACAUUCCAAUGUAUGGACAUACCUGUUUACUGAUA